AUGAACCAAGAGCUGUCUGAGACAAAAAAUAGGAAUAGCAUCGACGUGAAGAAUAGGGGACCCGAAAAAAAGUAUUAUGUGAUGGUAAAGCAGGAUUGGAUCCCCUCUGACUACUCGCAAUAUGUCGACGAAGGGAUUUUAAAUAUCGGAUUCGAAGCAGAUGUUUUCCAAAAACAAGCGUUUUAUUUUCUGAGCAGAGAAUCAUCGGUUUUUGUAUCUGCCCAUACAAGCUCUGGAAAAACCUUGGUGGCUGAGUAUGCAAUCUCUUUAUCGCAGAAACGUGGAACAAGAACUAUCUACACAUCUCCAAUCAAGGCGUUGAGCAAUCAAAAGUAUCAUGACUUCAAACAGAAGUAUGAUGAUGUUGGGAUCAUUACGGGCGAUGUCCAGGUUAACCCUAAUGCAAAGUGCCUUGUGAUGACCACGGAAAUCCUUCGGAAUCUUGUGUACAGAAAUGGAGAUCUUCUAAGAGACACAGAAUUUGUUGUAUUUGAUGAGGUCCAUUACAUCAACGAUUCUGAAAGAGGAGUGGUUUGGGAGGAGUGUAUAAUCAUGAUUCCCCGUAACAUAAGCUUUAUUAUGCUGAGCGCAACGAUUCCUAACAGUCUUGAAUUCAGCGAAUGGGUAGGCAGAACGAAGAACAGAACGAUAUAUGUGAUUUCUACCAGUAAAAGGGCUGUUCCUCUAGAGCAUGUGAUAUAUUGUGAUUGGAACGUAUAUUCCAUUGACGAAGGAGGCAGAACAAAAGGUGCAUCGAACUUCAAGGGAGACCUGGUUCCCUUUAGUAAGAAGAACAGGCCAACCGGAAGAUUUAAGAUCCUUGACUUGGCCAAUUUUGUUGUGAAGAAGAAGCUCACGCCAUCGAUAUUUUUCUGCUUCUCAAAGAAGAAGUGUGAAGAUUAUGCAGAGAUUCUUAAGACUUUGAAUCUAAAUGAUGAAAGAAGCAGAGAGGAGGUGAGGACAUUCCUUAGUGAGGCUACGAAAUGCCUUUCCCCCGAGGAUAGGAACCUUCCGCAAAUUCUUAGCAUGUCAUCUAUGGUACUAAAUGGCAUUGCUGUCCACCACGGGUCCCUUCUUCCUUUUGUCAAGGAAUGUGUGGAGCUUCUGUUUUCCAUGAACCUAGUGAAGCUCCUUAUAGCCACUGAGACGUUUGCAAUGGGGGUGAAUAUGCCUGCGAAAUGCUGUGUGUUUUUGUCUCUUAGUAAGAUUGAUAAUGGAGUCUUUAGAUAUAUCUCAUCUGGAGAGUACAUACAGAUGAGUGGGAGGGCUGGAAGAAGGGGGAUGGAUGCUGUAGGAACUGUAGUGAUAGCAGAUCCAAAGAUGCCACCACUUUCUACUAUUCGGGGAAUCAUACAUGGAACUCCAUUCAGUCUAUCCAGCCAAUUUAAGUUGAGCUUUGGACUUAUUCUUAUAUCUCUGAGAUCAAAUGUCAAGGUUGAGGAUCUGAUGAGGAGAAGUUAUGGAGAGCAUAGAAGCCAGAGGAACUAUGAGAAAGACAUGAAAAAGCUUUCCGAGCUGGAGUGUGAUGAAGAUAAAGUGUGUGAUGUUUGCGGUGAUCUGAUGAAAUAUAUUGGCGCUGUAGAAGAGAUAUGUUCUAAGAAUUGGAAGCUCAUUGGAAAACACAAUGUUCUACGUGAGGGAACUAGUGUUUUGUUGAAAAACAAUGCUACAGGAGCCGUCGAGAAGGUUUGCGGGUCAACUGUUCUUCUGAGAUUAGACGAUGGCGUCCUAAGUAAUAAUGCUCCUGUUCCUACCAAAUUUUUGUCUCAUCCUUUGAGCAUUAGGAAGCCUCUUGAUAGAAGUAAGAUCAGUCUUGAGCACAUUUUCUGCGUUCUAGAUAAAGGCCAGGCUUGCUGGGACUAUAACACAACAAAUGUGAUGGACGUAUUGGAGAUAAGAAGACUAAAGAGCCUAUAUGAUUAUUUAAUGUCUGAGGAUAAAAAAUGCAAAGAGUUUGAUCUGCACUAUUCAAAUGCAUUGAAGACAUCACUCAAAAGAAGGGAAAUAGAUGAGAUAAAGAUCAAGUACAAUGUAUGUAGUCUUGGGAUGAUAGAUGAGUACAACAAAAGAAUGGAAUUCCUUAAAAGAAAAGGCUUCGUUGGGGAAGAGAUAACAAUAAAAGGGAGAGCAGCUGCUGAGAUACACACUGUGAACGAAGUUCUGGUUGUUGAAAUGAUAUUCUCCAAUGAGUUUAGGGAGAUGGAUGGACGGAAGAUCAUCUCACUGAUGUCCUCUAUGAUACACGAGGAGGCCGAUGAACAAGAACCGGGAGAGGCUCUCCACAACGAGUGUAGGAAGAUGAAAGAAUAUUUUGCAGGGUUAUCCAGAGACCUGGAAGAGCUAAUGAUCCCCCCGUUUGCGCCUUUGAGCUUCUCGCUUGUGGAUGCGGUUUAUGAAUGGUGCAAUGGAUCAUCAUUGGCAAAGAUAGUGUCCAAAUAUAAUGUCCUCGAGGGCACCUUUGUGAGGCUCAUAUUAAGGCUUGAGGAAUGUUGCAGAGAACUGAUAGCUGUGUCUACAAUGAUAGGGGACAAAACCUUAGAGGAGAAGGUUGCGGAUGCAUCUGCGUCUAUGAAGAGAGACAUUAUAUUCCUCCCAAGCCUGUAUCUUUAA